GACGGCGAGGGGGCAGAUGCCGAGGUGGAAGCUCUAGACGAGGACAACGAGGCGCCAGAGGUGGCCCAGGACGAGACCAAGACGUCCUACGUCGGCGAGUCGGGGCAGGAGAUUUGGCUGCACCUCAGGCGCAGGGAGAGCGAGAAUACCACCUGCAUCGACUUCAAAAGCUGGGAGCCUGGGGGUUUCAAGCAGUUUGUCAUGCUGACGGACAGGGUGGCGGAGAAGUGCAUGGGCCCGCUCGGCGUCGUCGACGGCAGGGAGGCGUCGUGGCAGCUCAUGCGGAUGGUUUGGGCCGAGCUGAAGGCCAAGAAGAUCACCGACAAAGAGCAGGCCAAGCAGAUCAGGAACCAGAUCCUGGCAGAUCACUAG